GUUGGGAACAAAAGUAAGGGCUAAAUUGACAAAAACUGGAAAGUUGAGUUCGGGGAGUUAAAACGCAGCGUUCCAAGCAGUUCCAGGAUCGAGCAAGAGAAAAGAAAAAUGCUGAAAAAGAAGAAGAAUUUCAGGAAGAGAAGCAUCGAAGAAGCAGAAGAUCCUGAGAGCAGCAGAAACAACAAUAAUGCCACGCCAGAUGAUGAUGAAGAAGAAAGGAGAUUGGCAUUGGAGGAAGUGAAAUUCCUACAAAAGCAAAGAGAAAGGAAAUCAGGAAUACCAGCAAUAUUGACUCCAUCAUCAUCAGCAUCAUCAUCAGCAGCAGCAGCAGCAGCGCAGCUGCAGCAAAAUAGUAGUGGUUUAGUAUCUUCCAAAAAAGUAACCGAGAAGAACGAUGGGGAUGGAGAGAAAGAAGACCUUGUUCUUCAGGAUACUUUUGCUCAAGAAACUGCUGUUAUGGUUGAAGAUCCUAACAUGCUGAUGUAUGUUGAGCAAGAAUUGGCAAAGAAAAGCGGAAAGAACGUUGAUGCAACACAAGUUGAAAACGAGUUAAAGCGCGCUGAAGAUGAAUUGUACACAAUUCCUGAACAUCUUAAAGUGAAAAGGAGAAACUCGGAAGAAAGCUCUACCCAGUGGACUACUGGGAUUGCAGAGGUUCAGCUACCCAUUGAAUACAAACUGAAAAAUAUUGAGGAAACUGAGGCUGCCAAAAAACUUCUACAGGAGAAACGGCUAAUGGGUCGAGCAAAAUCAGAAUUUAGUAUCCCAUCAAGUUACAGUGCAGAUUAUUUCCAACGUGGCAGGGAUUAUGCUGAGAAACUGCGAAGAGAGCAUCCUGAGCUGUACAAGGACAGGAAUUCACAGGAUGAGAGUGCUGGAUCCAAACCAGCUGAUAACAACACUGAUGCGACUCGUAGAGAAGCUGCAACUGAUGAGUUCAUGCUAGAGCGUUUCAGAAAACGAGAACGCCAUCGGGUCAUGCGGAGAUAGCAUGCACCUUUUUGUCAAGCAUGGUUGUCCUGCUGGUUUAUCAUAUUCCUUGGCGCUCUUGAGUGCAUUUUUGUAAACUGACAUAAAUGACCAUCUUUAUGAUAAAACCUACCUGCAAUUAGACCAUCUCCACAAGGAACAGCUCAGAUUACUGAUUUUGUGGUUUGGGUGGAAUUCAGCUUAGUCCUUGGCAAUUAUGCUGAAGGGAGGUUGUGUCAUGUCAAUUUGGAUGGACAAUCUGUUGCAGUGACUAUUACCAAUGAUAUUCAUGAUUUUUCUUUUU